GGAGAAGACCCGAGCUGCCGCCCAGGCCGCCGCCGCCCGCAGAUUGUUCGCCUGGCGCCGCAAACGCGCGAGCCGUUUGCGCACCCACAACUUUGCGCCGCCGGGGGCGCGGCUCCCUCGUGUGUGUGCGAGUGUGCCUGUCACCAGCGGCCUCCUGGGGGCAGCAGCGGAAAGGGAGACGCGGAGAAAAGCAGCCUCGGCGCCCCGCGGCCAGGGAGGCAGAGGCCCCUCGCGGCGCCUGCUCUGGAGACCUAAACUCCGCCGGAGCUGUGCCCAGGGCGCGUCUGAGCGUCACCGCCUUCACUCUUCCAGCAGCCGCGGGGACUCGCGUUUGGACUGCUCUUCCUUUCGCCUGCCGGGCUGUAGCAGCUGUGUCUGCGGGCGGAGGAGCGGCGGCCGUGGCAGCAGCAUCCCCGACCCGGGCGGGACCAUUGAACGCCGGAGUCGGCGACUGGAGGCAGGAAGGGAGGGUCGUGGCGCCCGUGCUGGGCGCGUUCCCGGCGCCUGCCCUCGGCCGCUGGCCCUGUCCCGGGCGCUCGGUGCGGGUCUCGAACAAUGGUGUGGAGCGCCGGCGCGAGCCCCGCGCCCGCCCAGCGGUGGUAGAGGAAGUGGCUGGGCUCCCGGCGAGGUGGGCAGGGAGACGUCCCCCACCACUCGCUCGCUGGAGUUUGCCUGCGCGUCCGGCCUCUCCAGCCGCGACCCCCGGGAUCCCGUGGGAUCACCGACGGAGCUCAAUUCCGAGAGUAUGGUGCCAGCGCCCGGGUUAAUCUAGUCCUCUCUACUCGCUCCUUUUUCCCUCCUCCUCCUCUCCCUCCUCCCCUCCCUCGGGUCGGCUCUGCCUCUGGGUUCCCGGCGUGUGGGAGUACAACUCUGCCUCUCCAAGGAGAGCGGGGUUGUGGCCACUGAACAGAACUUGCCCAUUGAAAGCAAACCCGGAACAGCUGGAUAAUGUCCACCCCGAGCCGAUUCAAGAAGGACAAAGAGAUCAUAGCCGAGUAUGAAAGUCAAGUCAAAGAAAUUCGAGCUCAACUGGUAGAACAACAAAAAUGCCUGGAGCAGCAAACAGAGAUGCGAGUUCAGCUUCUUCAGGACCUGCAAGAUUUCUUCCGUAAAAAAGCUGAAAUUGAGACGGAAUAUUCCCGGAAUCUAGAGAAGUUAGCAGAAAGGUUCAUGGCAAAAACAAGAAGCACUAAGGAUCAUCAACAAUACAAGAAAGACCAGAACCUGUUGUCUCCCGUGAACUGCUGGUAUUUGCUCCUGAACCAAGUAAGGAGAGAAAGCAAAGACCAUGCAACCUUGAGUGACAUCUAUCUGAACAACGUGAUUAUGCGGUUCAUGCAGAUAAGUGAGGAUUCUACCAGGAUGUUUAAAAAGAGCAAAGAGAUUGCAUUCCAACUUCAUGAGGAUUUAAUGAAGGUUCUUAAUGAGCUUUAUACGGUGAUGAAAACAUACCAUAUGUAUCAUGCAGAGAGCAUCAGUGCAGAGAGUAAGCUGAAAGAGGCUGAAAAACAAGAGGAAAAACAGAUUGGAAGAUCUGGUGAUCCAGUGUUCCAUAUUCGACUAGAGGAGAGACAUCAACGGCGAAGCUCUGUAAAGAAAAUUGAAAAAAUGAAAGAAAAAAGACAAGCAAAAUAUUCGGAAAAUAAGCUAAAAUCGAUUAAGGCACGGAACGAAUAUCUCCUAACACUUGAAGCCACCAAUGCCUCAGUUUUCAAGUAUUAUAUACAUGAUCUUUCCGAUUUAAUUGAUUGCUGUGAUCUUGGCUACCAUGCAAGUCUGAACAGAGCCCUAAGAACGUAUCUCUCUGCGGAGUACAACCUUGAAACCUCCAGACAUGAAGGCUUAGACAUUAUCGAGAAUGCAGUUGAUAAUUUAGAGCCCAGGAGUGAUAAGCAGAGAUUCAUGGAGAUGUACCCUGCUGCAUUCUGUCCACCAAUGAAGUUUGAGUUUCAGUCUCACAUGGGCGAUGAGGUGUGCCAGGUCAGUGCCCAGCAGCCAGUCCAGGCAGAGCUCAUGCUCAGGUACCAACAAUUGCAGUCCCGCCUCGCCACGCUCAAAAUCGAGAAUGAAGAGGUUAAGAAAACGACUGAAGCCACCUUGCAGACAAUACAAGAUAUGGUCACCAUCGAGGACUAUGAUGUUUCUGAAUGCUUCCAGCACAGUCGUUCCACAGAAUCUGUGAAGUCCACUGUCUCUGAGACCUACCUGAGUAAGCCCAGCAUUGCCAAGCGAAGAGCCAACCAGCAGGAAACUGAACAGUUCUACUUCAUGAAACUCAGAGAAUAUUUGGAAGGCAGUAAUCUCAUCACAAAACUUCAAGCCAAACAUGACUUGCUGCAGAGGACCCUUGGAGAAGGUCAUAGAGCUGAGUAUAUGACUACAAGGCCUCCAAAUGUUCCCCCUAAGCCCCAGAAACACAGGAAGUCCAGGCCCCGCUCACAGUAUAAUACUAAGUUGUUUAAUGGGGAUUUGGAAACAUUCGUCAAGGACUCGGGACAGGUUAUUCCCCUCAUUGUGGAAAGCUGCAUUCGGUUCAUCAAUCUCUAUGGUCUUCAGCAUCAGGGGAUUUUCAGAGUGUCUGGUUCCCAGGUGGAAGUCAAUGAUAUUAAAAAUUCAUUUGAGAGAGGUGAAAAUCCUUUGGCUGAUGACCAGAGUAACCAUGAUAUUAACUCAGUUGCUGGUGUUCUGAAGCUCUAUUUCCGUGGGCUGGAAAACCCCCUCUUUCCUAAGGAAAGAUUUAAUGAUCUGAUUUCUUGUAUCAGAAUAGAUAAUCUCUAUGAGAGGGCGCUUCACAUCCGCAAACUCCUCCUGACUUUGCCCAGGUCCAUCCUUAUAGUGAUGAGGUACCUCUUUGCCUUCCUCAAUCAUCUAUCACAGUACAGCGAUGAGAAUAUGAUGGACCCUUAUAACCUGGCCAUUUGCUUUGGCCCAACAUUGAUGCCUGUCCCAGAAGUACAGGAUCAAGUGUCUUGCCAGGCACAUGUGAAUGAAAUUAUCAAAACCAUCAUCAUACAUCAUGAGACUAUUUUCCCAGAUGCUAAAGAGCUGGAUGGCCCUGUUUAUGAGAAAUGUAUGGCUGGAGAUGACUACUGCGACAGCCCAUACAGUGAGCACGGUACAUUGGAGGAAGUGGACCAAGAUGCUGGUACAGAGCCCCACACAAGCGAAGAUGAAUGUGAGCCAAUAGAAGCAAUAGCCAAGUUUGACUAUGUUGGGCGGUCUGCCAGAGAACUAUCUUUCAAGAAGGGUGCCUCCCUGCUGCUGUAUCACCGCGCAUCUGAGGACUGGUGGGAAGGCAGGCACAACGGGAUUGACGGGCUGGUGCCUCACCAGUAUAUAGUGGUGCAGGAUAUGGAUGAUACAUUUUCAGACACUCUGAGCCAAAAAGCCGACAGUGAGGCCAGCAGUGGGCCAGUCACGGAAGACAAGUCCUCAUCCAAGGACAUGAACUCCCCGACAGACCGUCAUCCUGAUGGCUAUUUAGCCAGGCAAAGAAAAAGAGGAGAGCCACCCCCUCCAGUAAGGCGUCCUGGCAGGACCAGUGAUAGCCAUUGCCCACUCCACCCUCCACAUGCCCUUUCCAACUCCUCAGUUGACCUGGGGUCCCCGAGCCUGGCCAGUCACCCCCGCGGCCUGCUACAGAACCGUGGCCUCAACAAUGACAGUCCUGAGCGGAGGCGCAGGCCUGGCCAUGGCAGCCUGACCAACAUCAGCCGGCAUGACUCCCUCAAGAAGAACGACAGCCCUCCAAUUAGAAGGUCCACGUCUUCAGGGCAAUACACGGGCUUCAAUGACCAUAAGCCACUGGACCCAGAGACAAUCGCUCAGGAUAUUGAAGAAACGAUGAAUACAGCUUUGAAUGAACUCCGAGAACUGGAGAGACAGAGCACAGCAAAGCAUGCCCCUGAUGUGGUGCUGGAUACCCUGGAACAAGUUAAAAACUCUCCCACCCCUGCCACUUCCACGGAAUCUCUCAGCCCUUUGCACAAUGUUGCCCUCAGGAGCUCCGAGCCUCAGAUUCGACGUAGCACUAGCUCCUCCAGUGACACAAUGAGUACUUUCAAGCCUAUGGUGGCACCCAGAAUGGGCGUGCAGCUGAAGCCUCCAGCCCUUCGGCCAAAACCUGCUGUUCUUCCAAAAACAAAUCCUACCAUAGGACCUGCCCCACCUUCCCAGGGUCCAACAGACAAGUCUUGCACAAUGUAAAAACCAGCUGAGCAAGGCCAUGAAGGGAGGUGACUUAAAAAAGAAAAUGAAUUAGUGACAGAAGUCACUGAUCCCUAACGUUCCUUAGUUUUGUGCUUAUAACUGGAGAUCUUUUGGCUUUUCUAUGUUGUCGAGUGUAAUGUCUGAGACUAGCUAAAUUAACACGGGCAUUUGUAUUUUGUAAUUUUUUUAAAUAACUGGACAUAUGUCAUUUUAAGGACAAUAGAAACACUUAGACUUACUUGAAAAUCCAAUGCUGCACCACUUGUAAUGAAGGCAACACCGCUCCCCACAUUGUACAGUGCGUCUGGUUUAGUGUAGCCCAGGUGAAUCAGAAAUGUGGGGACCUGAAGGCAGGAGAACCCGAAUUCCACACCUCAUUGGAGGAUAGCCACUGUUGGUCUGUGGCACUUGGGGUAAGGAUUGAAAGGUGAUAAUGGCAUUGUAUGGUAGCUGACAGUGAGCACCUUCGAUUCCAUGUGGAGCGGGAUUUAGCUCAUGCAGAAGACUUGCAGUUGUCUGCAUGGGAUGAUCCCAGCGGGACUGUCAGCCCACACCUUGAGUGGGUUGGAUGCCUGCCUCUUUCCUAACAGUCAUUUCCCCGGGUCCAGCUUAAAGACUCAGUGGAAAUGGGUAGAACCUCUGCUGGUAUUGCUUGAACUUAACCUGGGAAAGGAGAGGAAGACACCAUCUCCAAAGCUAUUAAUGCCACUCCUUUAACAUGAUUAGGCCCCGGAGAUUUCAAAGUCCCCUACACUUAUGACUAAAAGGAUUUGAUUUUAAAGACUUUUAGUUACACUACUCCACAAACUCCUCCAAAGAUCUGUUGUUCAAUAACUGCCUAGAAAAUGUUUCUAUCUCCCCUAAAUCCCUGUGUUCUCCUCUGAGGAAAUGAAAGCAAGAAGUACCUGAGGUCUUGGUUCAUGCAGUGUUCUCUUUUAACUGAACCACCAAGUCCCGGGCGUGGUGGUGCACCUGUAGGCCCAGCUACUCAGGUGGUUUCCACAGGAGGACGGCUUUGAGCCUAGCCAUUUGAGUCCAGCUGGGCAGCAUAGUGAGUCCCUGUGUCUUCAAAAACAAAAGCUACGAAGGCCUGAUGAUCCUAAAUUUAAAAUCCCAACUGUCCUCUCCAUUUGCCUUUGAGCCAACCCCAACCUGGCUCUGCGUAAGAGCCACGCAGGGCUCUCAGCCGGAUUACCUGGUGGUUCUCACCCAGUUGUGUACCUCAGAACCACGACUUCUUUUUCUCUUUCUCUUUUCCCUCUUGUUGUUUCGUUUUUUGUUUUUGUACGUGGUCUCUAUAUAACUCCCAUAAUCAACUGAACUCUCAGUUAGGGACCCUCUUUCUCUGGCAUCCUAGCACACAAUUUUUUAAGCCCAUAUUUAUGCUGUAUUUUCCCCCAUUUUAAGAAAAUUUGCUUUGAAUUCCAUUCUCCUACCAGCAGCAGCUGAUGUCACCUGUACACCUAUGAGCAUUUUAUCUACUCUGUCAUUGAAGUUACUGAUAAAGAUUUUUGUUAUUGUUGUUGAGAAAAAUGUAUUUCCCAGAACUGAUCCCUCUGGCCCAUCGUUAAUUUCCUUCUUGAUUUUGCUUCAAACUGGCAGCCAAUUGCACACGCGCCUAAGAGUUACACAGUGUAGAUUUUACUUCCUCAGCCCAUGCAUGACUGCAUUGAGGAGAAGUGAAUCAGGAUCUGUACUAAAAACCAGAUCAUUACUUUGAUCUCUACCUCAGUUUGCCAAUCUAGUCAUUCUAUUGCAGGAAGAGAUUAAAGUGAUGAGAUAUUGUUACCUUUCAAAGUCACACUGCUGGUUGCUUGCCUAUAACCUAAUUCCACAAAUGAAUUGAACAGUGGUUUUUUUCCAUGUAUUUCUAGAUACGAUCAACUUUUAAAACUCUGAACUUUUAGAGCUAUCCUUUUUACCCAUUUUGAAAAAAAUUGCCCAGGUCAGCACCUUGUCCAGACCCUCCCAUUUCUCCUGAGCUUUCAGGGUCCUUCAGCACGUUUGAACACCAUGACCCAGCCAGGACUGAGCUCUGAAUAGCAGUCCCUUUUAAACAGUCCUCCUUAGGAAGUUUAAACUUUCCUAAAUAAUCCCCCACUGUUUUUUUUAGGCAGAGUCUCACUCUGUCCCCGAGGCUGGAGUACAGUGGUGCAAUUUCAUUUCACUGCCACCUCCGCCUCCUGGAUUCAAGAAAUUCUCCUGUCUCAGCCUCCUGAGUAGCUGGGAUUACAGGUACUGCCACCAUGCCCAGCUAGAGACAGGGUUUCACCAUGUUGGCCAGGCUGGCCUUGAACUCUUGACCUCAGGUGAUCCACCUGCCUCGGCCUCCCAAAGUGCUGGGAUUACAUGCGUGAGCCACCAUGCCCGGCCAUUCUCCCACUUUUUUAAAAUAGUAACAAUUCUUAAAAACCAUAUUCCUUGUUUGAUGGAAGAGUAAGAUGUUAACAAAGGGCAUCAAAGGGGCAGAGGUGUCUUUGAAUUUAUCAUUUUCAAUGUCUUUUAUGAGCUCCAGCCUUAGCUUUUCAGAUCUUCUGCCUGCCUUCUCAUUUAUUCAUCCUUCUAUCUGGUCAUCCUCUGCCACAGCUACUCUCUCUGGUGCGUCCACCCAUGAUGAAAUGAGGAUUGCCUUUCUGUGCUUCCCAUCAGGACUCUGCUCUCUUGGCUACAGAGGUUGUGCUGCUGCAGAGCCUCAGAGGCUGUGCCUUCUUUCAGUAAACAGCUCCUAAUACUCUCCCAUCACUCACUCACUUUACCUGUCUCCAUCUUGUUUCUCUAUACUCCUGUUGUCACCUUGAGGCUUUUUUUUUUUCAAUUCCAAGUGAAGGAUAUAACCUCAGAGUGAGUGAGGACUCAGUAAAGACUCACCUCUCCUUGUUUGGUUUAGUAAAUGUCUUCAGAUUCCAGAGAUAAGACAAGGUGGCCACUUCACAAAGAAUCCAGAGCCAUGCUCAGUAAAGCUCAUUAAGAGCCCCUGCAGCCAAGAAGGUUCACCUGGUACACAGCCUUCUUCAUAGCCACAGAGGCAGCACUCAGGGGAGGUGGGAAGCGGCAGGGAAAGGAGAGAGAAGAAGGAAAAUGAGGCCUUGAGGUGUUCCUCCCCCAGUUUCAAGGAGCUUAUCAGGCUUCAUGUGCAAGUUGGGGAGGGGAUCAUUUUGAUGGGGGUAAAUGAUGGUUCUACAAAGAUUGCCUGACUCCACUUACACAAGAAUAUGUAUUCACAGCUGAUAGAACUGUGUGUUCACAUCCAAUCCACAGAACUCACUGAAGGAGAUGCACCAGGUCAGCCUUUUGGACUGGGUUGGGGUUUGGGGAGUGGGUUUUGGGAUACAGAGAAAUGUACUUAGUACACAUUUUCUAAUGGGUGUUAUGUGAACUGUUAGAACCUGCCGAGUAGCAUUUUGUAGAGCUCCAUGUUCAUGUUCAGUGUCAACACCAUUCAACAGCUUUGCACAUCUUCAUACAACAUAAUCUGGCUUUGGUGCCCCUCAAGCCACCCAAAGAAUAAUUUAUCACAGAGUCCCACAAUCUUUUGCAGUGACCGUGAACAGUUAUCAGUGGAUAUAGAGCUUCAAGAAUCAAAUUCUAUCAGUUAAGGGUUUUCUAACUUUUGCCAUUCACCCCCUCCCCCGCAAAAAAUGGAUUUAUAAUAAAGAAAGGAAAAGGGGAGUGGGUUGGUAGUGGUGUCCUUAACCUUUAGGAAUGACAUAGCUCUGGAGUCUACACACAGAAACCUUCAUCUCAGCAGCCUUGGAACUCCAAAGUUAAAGAGCCCAUGGGUCUCUUGAAGGGGGUUAGAGGAUUCAGACUUGGGAUGACGUUCAUUGAUUCCUGACCAUAGCCGUGAGAGGCCAUGCGUGUAGGAAAUGUGCUUGGGACUCAGUCUUGUUUUCCAUUACCCACCACAGAAACCCUGAGACACAGAGCCACUUAGAACUGAAGGCGCUACCCAUGCCUACAUAGAGCUUCCUACUCCAGACCACCUGCCACCCACCUCCUGAGCUGAGAACACAAGCUCCAGCUGGGCUGGAGUGUCACCUUGGUGCAGGGUGCCUUCGGCAAAGUUUUGUCAGAUCCAUAAAGCAAACUGGAAUUUGAGCUUUCACUCACCCUGGUAUACUUUCUUAAAAAAAAAAAAAAAAAAAAAAUCUAUGUGGUAUAAUCAAGAUGGAUACCUAUGUCUUUAAAUUGCGUAGGGAAUUUUGUAUGUUUAAAUAACUGUACUGGGUUCCAUAAUGCUUAUCUUAGAAACUCUAGUAAAAGAAAAUAUAUGAACCGUGCAUUUGUGAAUGCCCCUUUUAGAGCAUUCAUCCAAGUUCAGUGUGUAGUGAUGGUUAUUAUAGAUAUUUAAAGUAGAGUAAGUGGCUGUGUUACAGGAGAGACUGCUGUUUACCUACAUACUGAAGGGUAGCUCCUGCCCACACAAUUAAAUCAGUAUUGUCCUUUCCUGUCGGUUUGAUCAAUUGCAGUACCGGUAGCUUCCUGCUUGUGACUGUUACCUAAUUGUGUCAAUGUACAUCUGUAGUAUGUACAUGUGAAAGUGCCUUUCUAUUUUAGAGGAGUUUUAGCCUUGCUCUUGUACUGUUGCCCAGCUCUGUGCCCCACCCCCACAUCCUCCUCCCAAUUCCUGCUGCCACUCCAGUGAUUUGAAGCUUCCGCCCUCUCCCCUACCUUCUCCAUCCCCACUGUCCUGUGCCUAGGUGCUCAGUAGUGUCCAUCUCGCAGCCCUGUCGGUCCUCAGACUGUCUCGUUUUCCUUGUAGACGUGAUUGUGCCUUUCUCACCCCUGUGUCCUCCCAUUCCUCUGCAUCCGUCCCCACUCACAUGCUGCUGACAGCAUUGUGCUCUGUACUGCCUCUCACCAUUUCAUUCCCUCCUCUGAGGUGAAAAUAAAGGGGGAUGCUUUUACAGUUCUGGAAAGAAAAAAAAUGUUUUGUUAAUCUGUUGUGACAAUGCACUUUUAUGUAUAGUACUGUACAUUUUCGCAUGUACCAUUACAGGCUUCAGUAUACAGUCAGGUUUGUUCUUCACAGUGUAUCUUUAUAAUAAAUAAGAUAGUUCUGGC